CUUUUUUCGAGUAUUUAUUUGCUUCUAUACUCGGUGAUCGGUAUGUCGGUAUGUAGAUAGCCGCUGAUUGGCCGCGCGUCCGCUCUUAGUAGUAGUGCUAGUCGUCUUGCAAGUUGGUGCUGCACCAUCCAUCAGUGAACCACAUUGGGUCCAUCCAUGCAAUAACAGCUCCCAUUCAGAUGUUGAUAGACGACUACUGCUGGUAGAACACAUCCGUCUUGCUGCCCAGCUCUUCCAGCCUCCUCCUCCCCUCCGCGUUAUAUCUCAAACCGAACAAGCAGCCAUGAUUUCCGACGACGAUCUUUUUAGUCUCGCCAUUUUCCUCGGCUCCGUCGCCAUGCUCCUCAUCGUCCUCUACCACUUCCUCGAGAUCAACGCCAAAACCGAGGCAGAGCCUUCGCCCGAUAGCACAACAGAUACUGCGGCGUCGAAGAAGAUCCCUGUGGGUGCCGACCCCGUUGCGUUUACACCUGGCGCUGCUGUGGCUUCCAAAGUGAAACCGCGGUAGAUUAUUAUGUUUUGGCCUCUUUCGAACUCGCAUGCAUCAUACACUGGACUGGAAGAAGACAUGUUGUUUUAUUAGUAUUUCAGGAGGAAAUUGGCAGGGACAAGUCGCUACGCGAAUGUAUAUGGACCUUCAGAAGAUUGUGCGCUUUUCGAUGAAUUAAUUUAUGCUUGUAUUAACAUCUACCGGUCUUGCUCUUGGGUUUCGUGCUCUUGUU